CUACUAGUGUACUGCCGGGGACUCUGGGCUUUCCAGACGCCCCCUCCCUCCACGUCUGCGUAGGGGAGGUGACGAGGGCGGGGCACGGCGGCGCUGUGACGUCACGGCCGCGCGCGGCGUGGGCGGAGCCUCACUUUGAACACAGUUGGCGGGAGUGGCUGCUGGGCUGGGGGCCGCGGCCGCGGGACUGCUGUAGGCUGGCUAGCGAUGGAGCCCACUGCGGGAAGCAAGAAGGAGGCUGGAGGAGGCGCGGCGACCGAGGAGGGCGUGAAUAGAAUCUCGGUGCCAAAACCGCCCUCCAUUGAGGAAUUCAGCAUCGUGAAGCCCAUUAGCCGGGGCGCCUUCGGGAAAGUGUAUCUGGGGCAGAAAGGCGGCAAAUUGUAUGCAGUAAAGGUUGUUAAAAAAGCAGACAUGAUCAACAAAAAUAUGACUCAUCAGGUCCAAGCUGAGAGAGAUGCACUGGCACUAAGCAAAAGCCCAUUCAUUGUCCAUUUGUAUUAUUCACUGCAGUCUGCAAACAAUGUCUACUUGGUAAUGGAAUAUCUCAUUGGGGGAGAUGUCAAGUCUCUCCUACAUAUAUAUGGUUAUUUUGAUGAAGAGAUGGCUGUGAAAUAUAUUUCUGAAGUAGCACUGGCUCUAGACUACCUUCACAGACAUGGAAUCAUCCACAGGGACUUGAAACCGGACAAUAUGCUUAUUUCUAAUGAGGGUCAUAUUAAACUGACGGAUUUCGGCCUUUCAAAAGUUACUUUGAAUAGAGAUAUUAAUAUGAUGGUAAUCCUUACAACACCAUCAAUGGCGAAACCUAGACAAGAUAAUUCAAGAACCCCAGGACAAGUGUUAUCGCUCAUCAGCUCGUUGGGAUUUGUACAACACACAAUUGCCAGAAAAAAUCACGACUCUGCAAACAUCCUUUCAGCCUGUCUAUCCGAAACAUCACAGCUUUCUGAAGACUCGUAUGCCUAUGUCUAUAGAUCAAAGGACACUACUUCUUAUUCUAGCAAGUUACUAAAAUCAUGUCUUGAAACAGUUGCCUCCAACCCAGGAAUGCCUGUGAAGUGUCUGACUUCUAAUCUACUCCAGUCUAGGAAAAGGCUGGCCACAUCCAGUGCCAGUAGUCAAUCCCACACCUUCAUAUCCAGUGUGGAAUCAGAAUGCCACAGCAGUCCCAAAUGGGAAAAAGAUUGCCAGGAAAAUGACGAAGCAUUGGGCCCAACAGUGAUGAGUUGGAAUACAGUUGAAAAGUUAUGCGCAAAAUCGCCAAAUGCCAUUGAGACAAAGGGUUUCAAUAAAAAGGAUCUUGAGUUAGCUCUUUCUCCCAUUCAUAACAGCAGUGCCCUUCCCACCACUGGACGCUCUUGUGUAAACCUUGCUAAAAAUUGCUUAUCUGGGGAAGUUUCUUGGGAAGCAGUAGAACUGGAUGUAAAUAAUAUAAAUAUGGACACUGACACAAGACAGUCAGGUUUCCAUCAGUCACAUCAGUGGGCGGUGGAUUCUGGUGGGAUAUCUGAAGAGCACCUUGGGAAAAGAAGUUUAAAAAGAAACUUUGAUUGGGUUGACUCCAGUCCUUGUAAAAAAAUCAUACAGAAUAAAAAAACUUGUGUAGAGUAUAAGCAUAACGAAAUGAUAGAUUGUUAUACAAAUCAAAAUACAGGCUUAACAGUUGAAGUUCACGACCUGAAGCUAUCAGUGCACAAAAGUCAACAAAAUGACUGUGCUAAUAAGGAGAACAUUGUCAAUUCUUUUACUGAUAAACAACAAACACCAGAAAAAUUACCAAUACCAAUGAUAGCAAAAAACCUUAUGUGUGAACUGGAUGAAGAUUGUGAAAAUAAUAGUAAGAGGGACUACUUAGGUUCUAGUUUUCUAUGUUCUGAUGAUGAUAGAGCUUCCAAAAAUAUUUCUAUGAACUCUGAUUCAUCUUUUCCUGGAAUUUCUAUAAUGGAAAGUCCAUUAGAAAGUCAGCCUUUAGAUCCAGAUAGAAGCAUGAAAGAAUCCUCUUUUGAAGAAUCAAAUAUUGAAGAUCCACUUAUUGUAUCACCAAAUUGCCAAGAAAAGACCUCACCAAAAGGUGACGAGAACCCUGCUGUACAAGAGAGUAACCAAAAAAUGUUAGCUCCUCCUUUGGAGGUGCUGAAAACGUUAGCCUCUAAAAGAAAUGCUGUAGCUUUUCGAAGUUUUAACAGUCAUAUUAAUGCAUCCAAUAACUCAGAACCAUCCAAAAUGAACAUGACUUCUUUAGAUGCAAUGGAUAUUUCGUGUGCCUACAGUGGUUCAUAUCCCAUGGCUGUAACCCCUACUCAAAAAAGAAGAUCCUGUAUGCCAUAUCAGCAGACCCCAAAUCAGAUCAAGUCGGGAACUCCGUACCGAACUCCGAAGAGUGUGAGAAGAGGGGCAGCCCCCGUUGACGAUGGGCGAAUUCUAGGAACCCCAGACUACCUUGCACCUGAGCUGUUACUAGGCAGGGCCCAUGGUCCUGCGGUAGACUGGUGGGCACUUGGAGUUUGCUUGUUUGAAUUUCUAACAGGAAUUCCCCCUUUCAAUGAUGAAACACCGCAACAAGUAUUUCAGAAUAUUCUGAAAAGAGAUAUCCCUUGGCCAGAAGGUGAAGAAAAGUUAUCUGAUAAUGCUCAAAGUGCAGUAGAAAUACUUUUAACCAUUGAUGAUACAAAGAGAGCUGGAAUGAAAGAACUAAAACGUCAUCCUCUCUUCAGUGAUGUGGACUGGGAAAAUGUGCAGCAUCAAACUAUGCCUUUCAUCCCCCAGCCAGAUGACGAAACAGAUACCUCCUAUUUUGAAGCCAGGAAUACUGCUCAGCACCUGACCGUAUCUGGAUUUAGUCUGUAGCACAAACAUUUUCCUUUUAGUCUAGCCUUGUGUUAUAGAAUAAGCUUGCAUAAUUAUAUACUCCUUAAUACUAGAUUGAUCUAAGGGGGAAAGAUCAUUAUUUAACCUAAUUCAGUGCGCUUUUAAUGUACGUUACAGCUUUCACAGAGUUAACGUAAUGAAAGGCAUAUAGUCAGUAAUUUAUCUUAAUCUCAAAACUGUAUAUAAAUCUUCAAAGCUUUUUUCAUCUAUUUAUUUUGUUUAUUGCACUUUAUGAAAACUGAAGCAUCAAUAAAAUUAGAAGACACUAUCGAGAGUGAGCCACUA